AUGCGAUACAACGGCAUGGCCAACCGCUUCUCGACCGUGGCCGAAUACCACAGCCUGAUCAUGGCACAUGCUGUGAUUGGCGCCCUCGUUUUCCUUCUCUUUGUUCCAGCAGCAGUCUUCUUCGCCCGGUUCUACACCAGACGUCCUGGUUUCGCCAUCAAAUACCACGCCAUGCUUGGUAUCUUCAACAUCCUGCUGCUCACCGUCGUCUUCGUCCUCGGCUGGUUCGCAGUCGGCCCAAACAGGAGCUGGACGAAUCCUCACCACGCCAUCGGUCUAGCUAUCUACGUCAUGUUUCUGCUCCAGGCCAUUGGAGGGCGACUCGUCCGCCACGUGCAGGGGAGAUCCAUCCGGGUCAUGUUCCACCAGUGGAGCGGGCGGCUGAUUGCCCUUCUCGGCAUCAUUCAGAUUCCUCUCGGUCUCACGCUGUACGGAUCGCCCAAGUACCUGUUCAUUUUGUACUCGUUGUGGAUGGCCUUUCUCUUUCUGCUCUACUUCAUCUUCGACUACCGUAGGGGAGAGUUCAAGGACCGGGAUGCUUACACCAGAGGAGGUCGCUCCGGAAUGAUGUACGGCCCUCACUCGGAAUACCGUACAGAAGUUACGGAGAAAACGGAACGUCGUGGAGGCAUGUCCCGAUGGCUUGGACCGCUUGCGGCUGGCGGAGCGCUCUGGGCUUUCACGCGUCGACGAAAUACUAAGAAGGACAACGCCACGAGUCGCAGUGGAUCACGAUCCCGAAGCCGCAGCCGAAACAGAGGCCCCGAGGUCAUUGCUUCGCGAAGAGCUUCCACCAGCUAUGUCGGCGGCGGACGACCGUCGACAUCCUACGCAGGCGCUCGGAGACCGUCGGCAAGCUACAUUGACGACGACAAGUACACCGAAUUCGAUUCCCGCAGAGAGGAUCACAAAAAGGGAGGUGGGUUCAUGAAAGCCAUGCUCGGUGUUGGCGCGGCACUCGGAGCAGGCAAGCUCGUGUCCGGCAUGAUGAACCGCCGGGAGAAGAAACACUACAACGACGAGUAUUCCGCCGUCUCGACCGAAACGCCUCGUCGGGACAGAGUCGGUCGAGGCACAGCCCCGGCUGUCAGUGAAUACAGCGACUAUACGGAAACUACUCGACACGAUGUCGGUACGGCGUCCUUGCUGCCACCUCCCGGCAACACACAUCUUGCUCAGGCCCUGAGUGCAUCCGAGGAGCGCCCCCAAAACAGCAGACCCAUCACCACUCGUCCUACGCACGCCAGAACCCGCUCAGGCUACGAGAUUGAGGAUUCUGACUAUUCGUCCUACGUGAGCCCCUCCAGGAGGCGUGAUGGGGACCGUACACCUGGAACUGGGGGUAAAGGGAAAGGUAUACUGGCAGGCUUGGGACUUGGAUGGUUCGCAAAGAAGUUGGCAGACCGCAAGAACAAGCGACAGGAGGACUACAGGUACCGAGAUGAGGAGGAGACCAUGGUUUCCAGAUAUACGGGCGACGGUUACUCCUCACCAUCACGAACCAGAAGACAUUCUCGACGGCCAUCCGGACGUCAGGCCCCAUAUUCAGCCGUUGGCACGUCGGUCACUGGGUUGACGGAGGAUUCGUCACAGUUCGAGCCUCGACCUGCGGACUCGGGCCGCAGCGGCCCGCCCAUGCCACCUCUACCAGCUGGGGCACCUCCUGUACCAGCUCCGUUUCCCGUGUCUCGUUCCCGCGCCGACUCGCAGGUCAGAACAGACGUGGUUGAGCCGGCCGUCAUGCCAGCCAUGCCAGCCGACCCACAAGGUAUACUCCAUCAUGAGUCGGGAAGUGAAUCAUACUUUUCUCCUGGCGGAAGACCACACCGGCGACCGUCGGAGCGGAGACGCGCAGAGGGAGAACGUGCAGCGGCAGCGGCAGCAGCUUCAGCCGGCGCACUCGCGGCGGAAGAGGAGGCGAGGCAUAGAGCCUAUACCCCCAGCGGGCCUGUCAGCGUCAAGGUCAAGAUGCACGACGACAAGGACAGGAACGUGACGCUCCGCAGACUCACAGAUGACGAAGCAGCGGCUUCAAGGAGGGACCAGCGGAGGAGGCGCGACAAUUCAAUCAGCAGCAUCGGCACCGGGUCACCCAGCCGGCAACGAUAUAGACGUGACUCCAGCCAGCGUCGAGUGGAGCUUGCAGCAGAAAGCGCUGUGACCGACGCGACGCCCUUGCCGCCGCUAUCACCACCGAACCCCGCGUUUGCCAAGGGGCGCAAGCCCAAGGACUCGGCAUACUACUCUGGCCAGCCGGCAGGAAGCGCAUCUCUGGCGCCGCCGGAAGCCUCCAGCAUUGGCAGCCCGGAAAGCCACGGGACGUGGAGCGCUAUGAGUCCGUCACCUGGGGGCCCCGGCGACAAGCCAACAGCUUCGGCGGCCGACAAUCGUCGAAGGAGGAGACAGGAGAGGAGGCGAAGCGAGAGCAGGCCGACAGGAGCCGACAUGUUCGAUUAG